GACAAAAUUGGUUUCCAAGUAUGGAAUAGAUGAAACAUUGUACGGAGUCCUUUGCGGCGCCGUGGCGUGCUAUAUGUACGCUGCAGCAGCAAAACACGCAAAGUGUUGUCGCAGUGGACACCGAGUUGGCCACCGCCUUUCUCUCGCAACAGCUCUCUCUCUCAUUUCGCGAAAUUGUUUGUAGAUCGGCCGGGGAAAUCGGAUUACAAUGAGUCGGGUUAACGAUCCCAACCCUUUUGACGAAGAAGUGCAUCAAAACGAUGACGUCAAUCCAUUUGCGAAUGGCAGGACUGCUACUGGACCAGGUUCAAGCUUUAUUAAAAUGUUGCCUACUUUUGGAUUUGGCCAAAAACAUGAUGCUACUGUUGAUAUACCACUAGGUUCAGUGAAGGCCCCUAAUACAAAAGAGAAGGAACUGGCCAAUUGGGAAGCUGAAUUGAAAAGGAAGGAAAAGGAAAUUAAAAGAAGAGAAGAUCAGCUCUCGAGUGCUGGUGUUCCGGUUGUGAAUGAUAAAAAUUGGCCUCCCUUUUUUCCAAUUAUACAUCAUGAUAUUGCUAAUGAAAUACCCGCACAAUCUCAGAGGAUGCAGUAUUUGGCCUUUGCCAGUUGGCUGGGUAUUGUUUUCUGCCUUACGUUCAAUAUUGUUGCUGUGACCGUGUGCUGGAUAAAGGGAGGAGGUGUCAAAAUCUUUUUCCUUGCUGUAAUAUAUGCCUUACUUGGAUGUCCCUUGUCCUAUGUUUUAUGGUAUAGGCCUCUCUACAAUGCAAUGAGGACUGACAGUGCACUUAAAUUUGGCUGGUUUUUCUUGGUCUACAUGGUUCAUGUUGGAUUUUGCAUAUUUGCUGCCAUUGCUCCGCCUAUUGUCUUUCAUGGAAAGUCCUUAACGGGCAUCCUUGCUGCAAUUGAUGUAUUCUCUGACCAUGUUUUGGUUGGGAUCUUUUAUUUGAUUGGGUUUGGAUUAUUCUGCUUGGAGUCUUUGCUAAGCUUGACAGUGCUACAGAAAAUCUAUAUGCAUUUCCGAGGUCACCGGUGACGAUAAAACUUUAAUGCAAAUCACUGACAUGGUGUUUUCAGAUGCUGGAGUUUGCAGUUGCGCUGUUACAUCGAUCUGUAAUUUUGUAUGUUCAUUAGUGGUAAAACUUUAUGAAUGUAUUGUUAUAAUAUGUUUCAAAGACACCUGAGACGACCAUUGCAUACACGUGAUAAUGUUUUUAUCCAAAUUAGUCAUUAUCUUAAUAAGUAACGUUUACAUAGACAUUAUGAAAAAGAAUUUGAAGUCAAUGAUAAGACUAAAGUCACUAAACAAUUACAAUUCC